AGUUCGUUCUGCCCUCCCCGAACCCCAAAAACCCAAAAAAAAAAAAAAAAAAAAAAAAGAGGAAAAACCGAAAAAAAAAAAAAAUCUUUCAGUUCGUUUCUGUGUUCUGUGUUGUUUCAUCUAAACUCGUUCGGAUUCCGGCGAUCUAUCUUCGUUAUACCUCUUUCUAUCCUCUUUUAUUUUUCUUAUCUUUCCCGGAAAACCACCCCCCCCCACCCCCCCCAAAAAAAAAAAAAAAGAAUCCGUAGAUUACCUUUUUUUUUUUCAGUGUAAUAGUCGCAGACAUUGGGGGUUUAUAUUUCGCAGUGUGGGUCAAUUGAGAUUCAAGUUUUAGGUGCAGAAAUUGUAUGCUUUUUGGUUGUCUCUCGGCUAUUUUUAUCUGAAUAACAAGCGGAAAGGGGAAGGAAAAAAAAAAAAAGAAAAAAAAAUUUGAGAAAAAUUUAAAGAAAAAAUAAAAUAAAAGAGGAAGGUUUUGUUCGAUUGAGGUUGAGAUGGCGCAGAUUCAGGUUCAGCAUCAGAGUCCGGUGGCUGGUCCUAACGGAGUGGCAGGCAACGCUGGAGGUGGGAACCAGUUUUUGGCUACGUCACUUUAUGUCGGAGAUCUGGACCAGAACGUCACCGACUCGCAGCUUUACGAUCUGUUUAACCAGGUCGGUCAGGUCUUGUCGGUUCGGGUCUGUAGGGACUUGACAACCCGCCGAUCCCUUGGUUAUGGAUAUGUGAACUAUAGCAACCCUCAGGACGCCGCAAGGGCGUUGGGAUUGUUGAACUUCACUCCGCUGAAUAGCAAGUCCAUCAGAAUCAUGUAUUCUCAUCGGGACCCGACUAUUAGAAAGAGUGGAACCGCAAAUAUAUUUAUCAAGAAUUUGGAUAAGGAAAUCGAUCACAAAGCAUUACACGAAACGUUUUCUUCAUUUGGCAAUAUUCUUUCUUGCAAGAUAGCUACAGAUGCAUCUGGCCUGUCGAAAGGCUACGGUUUUGUACAAUUUGACAAUGAAGAGUCCGCACAGAAUGCUAUAGAUAAGUUAAAUGGCAUGCUAAUUAACGACAAACAAGUUUAUGUUGGACACUUUCUUCGUAAGCAGGAGAGGGAUGCUGCAUCCAGUAAGACAAAGUUUAACAAUAUCUAUGUGAAAAAUCUAUCUGAAUCUACCACAGAUGAAGAGCUGAAUAAAGUUUUUGGUGAAUAUGGAACAAUUACCAGUGCUGUAGUGAUGAGAGAUGGAGAUGGCAAAUCAAAAUGUUUUGGAUUUGUCAACUUUGAAAAUGCAGAUGAUGCUGCUAAAGCUGUUGAGUCAUUGAAUGGAAAGGUAUUUGACGAGAAGGAGUGGUAUGUUGGGAAAGCCCAGAAAAAAUCUGAAAGAGAGCUUGAACUAAAAGAACAAUUUGAGCAGAGUAUGAAGGAAGCUAAUGACAAACAUCAAGGAGUUAAUUUGUAUGUCAAGAACUUGGAUGAUAGCAUUGGUGAUGAAAAACUUAAGGAAUUAUUCUCAGGUUUUGGUACAAUUACUUCAUUCAAGGUUAUGCGUGACCCUAGCGGAGUUAGUAGAGGUUCUGGUUUUGUUGCUUUCUCUACGUCUGAAGAAGCAUCUCGCGCUCUUGCAGAGAUGAAUGGUAAAAUGAUUGUUAGCAAACCCCUUUAUGUUGCCCCUGCACAGCGGAAAGAAGAGAGAAGAGCUAGGUUGCAGGCUCAGUUUUCACAAAUGAGGCCGGUUGCUAUGGCACCUGCAGUAGCACCUCGCAUGCCAAUGUACCCUCCCGGUGCACCAGGUCUAGGGCAACAAUUUUUAUAUGGGCAAGCACCACCUGCUAUGAUUCCUCCACAGGCUGGUUUUGGUUACCAGCAGCAACUUGUUCCUGGAGUGCGGCCUGGAGGUGGCCCAAUGCCAAACUUCUUUGUUCCACUUGUCCAGCAGGGUCAGCAGGGCCAGCGCCCAGGAGGUCGCCGUGGGGGCGGUCCUAUACAGCAAAACCAGCAGCCAGGGCCACUGAUGCCACAGCAGAUGCUUCCUAGGGGACGUAUGUAUCGCUAUCCACCUGGCCGCAACAUAUCAGAGGUUCCAGUUCCUGGUUUUGCUGGUGGCAUGCUCUCAGUCCCAUAUGAUGUGGGUGGCAUGCCAAUGCGAGAUGCUGCCGGCCAGGCGAUGCCCAUUCCAGCUUUGGCUACGGCCCUUGCAAAUGCUAUACCUGAACAGCAAAGGACGAUGCUGGGUGAAGCUUUAUAUCCGCUUGUAGAUCAGUUGGAGCAUGACUCAGCUGCUAAGGUAACAGGUAUGCUUCUUGAGAUGGACCAGACUGAGGUCCUGCAUCUGCUCGAGUCACCAGAGGCUUUGAAGGCAAAGGUCGCAGAGGCAAUGGAGGUUUUGAGGAAUGUUGCACAGCAGCAGGCCAACAGUCCAGCUGAUCAAUUAGCUUCGCUCUCUCUAAAUGACAACCUUGUCUCCUAAGUGUUAUUCUGUUUGAGUUUGUGUUGGAAAGAUUGGCACUUGUUAUCGUUCUGUCUGACAUGAACGUGGUUUAGUAGUAGAACUUAAUUAGGGACUUAUUUGAUAUUUGCAGUUUUUUGAAAGUUGGAGCUAGUUGUGCUUUUGUCAUUUAUGUUUCUGGUUAUGGUUUCUAAAACUUUAGACUUGGGAGUAUUAUCUGCUCGUUUUAGUAUUUUAAUUUAAUUUGAUUUGGUUACAA